AUGUUUAAGGAGAUAUCGAAGUGCAAUGUGGUGUAUGUUGACCGGAGGGCUAAGUUGGAGAGAAGCAUCUCGCGGAUGGCACUCCCGCUAGUGGUAGACGAAAGCAUGGAACCAGAGAACGAGGAAGUCCUACGAAACAUCAACUCCUUAUUAUCCGUGUUCUCGAACGUAUCGGUCCACUCGUCUGCGUCAUCCUGUCUAGCUACUUUGGGAGAAAUCAGCAACUACGACCCGACACCGACAGUCCUACUACUGGAUGUUCCUGCCAGACACCUCGAGGAGGACGAUCCACAGGAAGCCGACCGACAUGACUCGGGAAUAGCAUCAUCGGUAGGAGACGAUCCGCUUUACGGCAAGGCCCUGCUUCGUCAUAUCAGAGAGGAAAUGGAAAUCGAAACAUACUCCCAAAACAUACUCGCUGUUGCUUUGAUAUCUGAACUAGAUCCAGCCAAUAAGACAAUAUCUGGAGGACUGUGGACUGAAUCGGACAACGAAGAGGCGAUACUUGCAUCCAAGCUUCUUGAUACUGGCGCCGCUGAAGCAUACCCCUCGCCUCUGACGAAAGAGAACACGAAGGCGUUAUCCAUGCAUUGCUAUCGGCUGGCACGAAAAGCUCAGAAACGGCGAACCGAGAGGAAGAGAUCGUGGGUUGGCGUUGACACCGAUUUAGAGGCGGAAGAACGGGAACGAAAGAACAACGUUCGUGUUGCAGAAGGUUAUGCGUAUUUGCGGGAGAAGAUGGUGUCCGAGUUAAUGUCAGAUAUCUUUAAACCGAACGGUCCAGCGCAUACGCAGUCAGAAAGCAAAAUCCGAGUAUCACCGCAUAGGCACGAGUUGGUACGCCAGAGCGUUUGCCGAUGGGAUUUCUCUGCACAUGAGUUCACAGACGACGAGCUUCUGCUUUGCGCUUUUGAAAUGUUCAAUCAUGCCUUUACUAUGCCUGAGGUUGAAGAAUGGCGUAUAUCGCCUGGACAGCUCACGGAUUUCUUGUUUGCUUGCCGUAGGGCGUACAACGAACAAGUUCCGUACCACAAUUUUCGGCACGUGGUGGAUGUAUUGCAAGGGGUCUUCUACUUCUGCCUUGCAUUGGGAGUUCUGCCACACUUUGACGGCAAGGCAGCGCCAAGGCCUAAGACGGGCAGCACGGCGUCCUUGUCUAAAAUCUUGCGGCCCUUCGAUGCCCUUACACUGUUGAUAGUGGCUAUUGGCCACGACGUUGGGCAUCCUGGUGUCAACAAUGCUUUCUUGGUUACGCUGAAAGCACCGCUCGCGCAGAUGUACAACGACAAGUCCGUUUUGGAGUCCUUUCACUGUGCUGCCUUCUCCCAGGUUCUCCGAAAGCACUGGCCUAUAACCCAGACAGUGCCUAACAUGCGCAGAUUAAUGAUCGAAUCGAUCCUUGCGACGGAUAUGGGCCUUCACUUUGAUUACAUGUCUCAAUUGGAGAAGCUGAAGCAGAAAAUCAAGCAGGACAAGGGUAUGAAGAAUUGGGAUGAAAAGACAAUCUCGGCCAACCGGAGCCUUUUGUGCACAUUGUUGAUCAAAUGUGCCGAUAUCAGCAAUGUGGCUCGGAGAUACGAUAUUGCUGCCCAAUGGACUGUCAUUUUGACCGACGAGUUUGCGAGACAAGCCUCGCUCGAAACCGACCUUAAGAUUCCGACCUCGCUGGCUGUCCCACCCGUUCAAGGCUCGAGCAUCGCACUAGGUAAAUCACAAGUUGGCUUCAUGAAGCUUUUCGCAGCACCACUAUUCCAAUCGAUCGCAGACGUCAUGCCAGAAAUGAAUUUUGGCAUUGCUGAAGUGAACGCAAACGUGGCAAUCUGGGCGAACCUGAUAACCGAGUGCACAGAAAAGGGGGACAGGCCAUUCUUCUUGGAAAAGGUUAGGAACUCCCUCUACUACCAGCCUUCUAGCAAUGGAGCUAGUUCUUCCCUUGGAGCAAGCGAAAGCCGACUAUACGACUUCAACGAUAAGCAACGAACGAAUGGUGGUGUUGGGGUGCUCCAUGCACCAAUAUCCAAUGGCGGGGACUACUCUGGAGACUCCCGGAUCCGAAAAGCCUCACAAGCGUACCAAGAGCAAGGGGCACCAGAUCUUCUUGGGCUUGGCCAUCACGGUAAGGAACAACUGAAAUUGCUCAAGAAGAUGAAAAUUUUCUCGACAUCCUCGGAAGUAUAUCCCCAUGCUAACGGAGGUGGUAUUAUUGGUAAAGGAGCAGAUGGUAAAAGUUCAGGCUCAACAACACCGUUCGUGACCAUCAAGAACUUUUUUUCUUGUUUUCCUAGGAAGUUCUCUGACUGA